AUGGCGCCGACCCAACCCCCGCAAGACCGCCGACCCCUCGUCAUCUCGGGCCCCAGCGGCGUAGGCAAAGGCACGCUGUACAACCUGCUCUUCACUCGCAACCCAAACCAAUUCACCCUCUCCGUAUCUCACACAACCCGUAAGCCGCGUGAUGGCGAACAGCACGGGCAGCACUAUUUCUUCGUGACCAUGUCCGAGUUCGAAGAUCUAAUCAGCCGAGACGGAUUCGUCGAGCACGCUCAGUUCGGGAGCAACCGCUACGGCACCAGCAAAGCCACGAUCGCGGAGCAGGAAGCCAAGGGCUUGGUGACUGUGCUUGAUAUCGAGAUGGAGGGCGUGAAGCAGAUUAAGGCCUCGGGGGUUCCCGCGCGAUUUGUCUUCAUCAAGCCGCCCUCGUGGGAGGCGCUGGAGCAGCGACUCAGGGGUCGAGGCACCGAGGACGAGGAGGCGGUGCAGAAGCGUUUGAAGCAGGCCAGGAUCGAGCUUGAGUAUGCGGACUCGCCGGAGUCGCCGCAUGAUAAGAUGAUUGUGAAUGAUGAUCUGGAGAAGGCGUACCAGGAGCUUUAUGACUAUGUUUACGGUCAGGGCGCUGGGGCGCAGUAG